ACCUAUGUAACUAGAUUCUACGCAGGUAAAUGGGGGUGAAGCCACUCGAUUAGUGCACGGGGGCGAAACCACUUGGUGCGAAUCCACUAGGUGCGAAUAAGUAAUCGAGACGAAACCACCUGUUACCGUAGAGAGUGUACAUACACAGGCAAGGUGUACACAGGCUGACACGCCGCACAGAGGGAAGGUCGAAAGAACAGGGAGGCCAUGUUGGAUUUUAAGUAAACUUCUCGUGUGAUCCCGGCAUCAGAAAUGCAUCCCCGGCGCAGUGCUCAGGAAGUCCUACUGUGUGACCUCUGUGAAACUGUCCCCCUACAGAGUCAUUGUGAACUUUGUAAUAUAAACUUAUGCAAGGCCUGUGUUGGGGAGCACCUCUCAGACUCGUCUAAAAGACACAAUGUCGUGCCGUUUUUACAGAGAAAGGCUACCCCUAACUACCCGAAAUGUCCGAACCACGCUGAAAAACACUGCGAACUGCACUGCGAGGAUUGCGACAUUCCUGUUUGUAUUACCUGCGUCUCCUCAAGUAAACACGUAGGUCACAAAUUAUCAGAAUUUUUGGAAAAACUCAGCUCUAAAACAAAAAGUUUACAAAAAGAUCUGGAAGAACUCGAAUGCAGGAUUUAUCCCCGAUAUGAAGAAAUGGCGUCCGAUGUCCAAACUGAGAAAGCGGAAUUAGAAACGAAAUACGGGAAACUGACCACAGCCGCUGACCAACAAGGAGAACUCUUACACCGAGAGAUCACCGCCAUUGUCAACCAGCGGAAAUCCGCCAUUGCGGAGAUGAAAACUAAACAUCUGGACGCGCUAAAUAAAAAUACAGAUGAAAUCACACAGAAAAUGGCGGACCUCAAACAGAUCACGUCCGACUUGAAAUCAAUCCUAAAAUCCAAUGACGUCUCCUUAACCUCUACUUACAAAUCUAGGAAUUCCGAAUUUAGAACAUUACCGCCUAAAGUCCGAGUUACAGUACCCAGUUUGUCUGCUCAGAAAAUAAACAAAGAUCAGCUCAAUGAAAUGUUUGGUUCUCUGCCGCCAUUAUCCAUUAACACAGAACCUGGCGACACAAUGAAGUCAGCAGAAGCUGUAUCGUCUCCUCCAGUCAAACCACUGCUUGAUGAGCCGCGCGUCACCGCCACCAUAGACACUGGGUAUGAGUAUCUAUACAGUGUUAGCUGUCUGAGUGAAGAUCAAGUCUGGACACGCGGGGAUAACAACACCAUGAAGCUGCUCAACCUCCAGAGUAAACUACUGACAUCAAUACAAACCAAGUCAGGGAUACCACCAUCAGACAUAGCAGUGACACGGGACGGAGAUCUUGUUUAUACUGACACUAGUAAUAACGCCGUGAACUUAAUUAAGAAUAAACAGAUACAGACCGUGAUCACACUACAGGGGUGGAGACCUCGCUAUGUCUGCUGUACCGCGGCUAACGAUCUCCUGGUUACCAUGCUCAGUGAUGAUAGAAAACAAUCCAAAGUCGUGCGUUACUCCGGCUCCACAGAGAAACAAAGCAUUCAGUUUGAUGAUCAGGGUCGUCCUCUCUACUCAUCUGGUGGUUUAUGUAACAUUAAAUACCUCAGUGAGAACAGGAACCUGGAUAUCUGUGUGGCUGACUAUAGAGCUAGUGCAGUAGUGGUGGUCAAUCAGUCAGGAAAACUCCGAUUUAGAUACACUGGUCAUCCCUCUAAUACCGGGCAAUCAUUUAAACCAUACGGCAUCACUACAGACAGCCAGAGUCACAUCCUGACAGCAGACUGUGACAAUCAGCGUAUCCACAUCCUAGAUCAGGACGGACAGUUCCUCCGUUACAUUCACUGUGGUUUAUUCACUCCAUGGGGUUUAUGUGUGGACAUCAGAGACAACCUCUUUGUGGCUGAGUGUAACACUGCUAAAGUGAAGAAAAUCCAAUAUCUAUAAACACAGUGUUAAUUACACAGCUCUACAGGGUUAAUUACACAUCUAAAAACUCUGUUAAUUACACAUCUAAACACAGUGUUAAUUACACAGCUCUACAAAGUGCAAUUUACAUAACUGUGUUAAUUCCUUCUACUUGUUAAUUACAUCAGCUUGUUAAUUACAGCCCUGUGUUAAGUACAGCCCUGUGUUAAUUACAGUCCUGUAAAUGACUAAAUAGGAGACA